AUGUCUCAAUCAAUCUUAGCUCCGUUCCAACUCCUGGAACUCAACGUCAUAUCAGCCCAGGACCUUGCGCCGAUAUCACGCUCCAUGCGCACGUACGCCAUUGCAUGGGUGCACCCAGAUCGAAAGCUAUCGACGCGGGUGGACACUCAGGGCCACAACAAUCCGACAUGGAACGACAAGUUUGUGUUCCGGGUGGACGAGGAUUUUUUACACGAGGACACCUCCGCCGUGAUGAUUGAGAUCUACGCUCUCCAUUGGUUCAAGGACGUCCAUGUGGGCACGGUUCGUGUCCUGGUGGGUAACCUUAUCCCCACCCCGGCAAAGCCCCACCACCACAACCCUCAUCUAGGCAUGCGGUUCGUAGCUCUCCAGGUGCGCCGCCCCUCGGGCCGGCCGCAGGGGAUUCUAAACAUCGGCGUGGCGCUACUUCACAGCUCCAUGAGGAGCAUGCCCUUGUAUUCCCAACUCAGCACAUCAGCCGUCGGAUACAAAACCUUGAUGGGCGAGGAAGACCCACAUCGCAGUAGUCAAACCCAUCAUGCAGGCAGUCAAGCGACGACGUAUUCGAAGCCGGAGCUACGGCGCAGCAAGAGCGACUCCAGCUCCAUGUUCGGGUCGGAGCUGAGAGCCACAGAAUUUAAAAACAAAGGCAAAAAUGGAAAAGCGGGCUCAAUGGUCAACGGGUCAGAAGUCAGCAUAAAAAAGAACAAAAAAGGUCGUCUGUCCAAAGCCAGCUCGAUCAUUGGUGGUUCAGAAAUAAUUAUCAGGAAGAGCAAGGACAAAAAAGGAAAAUCAAGCUCCCUGCUUAGCGCCUCAGAUAUGAGCUACAAAAAAGGGAAGCCGAGCUCCCUACUCGGCGCCUCAGACGUGAACAGCUCGGUGGCCCCACCAAAGUACGGAAAAGACAGAAAAGGGAAGCCGAGCUCCGUUCUCAGCGCCUCCGAAGUCAGCGUGCAGGACCCACCGAAAAAGGGUAAUAGUAGUAACGGUAAACCCGCAAGCUCCAUGCCCAGCGCAUCCGAACCGGAAGACAGGCCCAGAAGAAAACCCGCCAGUCACAAACCAUCGCCGAAAUUCAACCUGGCAGAAAAUUACGGUUCUACCCCCGGACGGAAGUCGGCGCCGCGAGCUGGCAAAUCGCCGUUCUACAAGCUGCAGUCACCGUACGAGCAGUACGCGACGCCGAGGAAAUCGAACAUCAUGCCGGUGCCGUUCAUAACGGAGUCGGAGCUGGGGCCGUCGCCGUCGGAGGUGGCGGCGGCGAUCGCGAAGGAGCGCUUGGAUCAGGACGCGGAGAGCUCGGUGGUGGUGGGCGCGUGGAACGAGGAAGACAGCGUGGAGGGCUUGCAGUCCAAGCUCGAGCGGUGGCGCACGGAGCUGCCGCCAGUUUAUGAUCGCGGAGAGUUCUCGAGCUUUCCUUCCAGCGACGAGCGCCACGAGCGGCGGCACAGCGACGGCGGAAGCGGGCUCUUCUCGUGCUUUAGUAAUAUUUGUGGAAUCGAGUGCUCCAUUGUAUGCGGGUCGGGCGAUUCGGAUAGUAAGACCCGGAAGAAGAAUGGUAGCAAGAGUGGCGGAAAGGUCCCACGGAGCCCCUCAGCCGGAAAUCUAAGCUACAUGUGAAAGGACCCGGAUGGAGAUGGGUAAAUGGGCAGGGUUUUUUUGUUUUCCAUAAUUUGGCAGGCAACGGUCGUGAAAGAAGAUGGAAGUUGAAAUCAACUGCUUAGCUCGUGCUAACUUGCGCCAAGGGUGAUUCUAUUAACGAAGAAAGAACAAGCGAAACGUAAGGGCAGGGCAUGGGCGCAGGAUUAGCAAGUGCACACAAGGGGGUUGAUGAUAGUGAAUUGCACUUGGUUAGGCCAUUCUCUUCCUCUUCCCAAUUUUUUAAUUUUGUAUUUAUCGAAUUUCUGCUGUGUAAUUUAUUGUUUCCCCAAAAAACAGAAAAACAAAAUACAAAGGACCGUCCAAAUUCAAAUUUGUGUUUAUUUAUA